ACCUAGUCGCUGAGGCGCGGAAGAUGUCGCAGUAGAUGUGCUGGUCCGACAACAAACAGAUCGAUGUGAGCGCCAUAGUAACCACGGCAACGCACUUCGCACACGGCCAUGGCUUUCUAAAGCAUACAAGUACAUCUGGGCCCGGCUGUUGAAGAGUGCAAUAGUCAAGAUGGGGCGGUUCAAGUGGCUGUUCCUCCUGUGUCUGUUCAUCACGCUCGGCUUCGUGUCGUUUUCCUAUCUACGCAGGAGUCCGGCUGAACUGGGCGGCGCAUCGCACUGGGCAUCAAGUAUUUACAACAACCUGCCUCGGUACGAAGUCAGUCGUUUUAAGGGUGUUUUGGACACAAUCGAUCGCCAUAACCCUACGACAACACCGGAGGAGGCAAGAAGAAGUUCGGAAACGUCGGAGAAUGACUCUAAAGCGAAAGUUGCUUCAACCCCAUCCAAGAAGCUGGUCAAACAAAGUGUCCAGCGCACAACCAAACAACCUCAGACUGUAAACAUAACAGACAGCGGAAAAUCUCAGUCCUCGAAUGAAAAUCAGACCGUGUUGGACGUAAACAACAACAAAACAGGCAAGGAUAAACCCCUGAUAGUCGACACGGGAAAGAAUCGGACGGAAACGACGCCGAAACCCGCGGAAAGUGGAACUCCACUGCCGCCUACAGUGCCUCCAGCCAAGCGGGACCCAAAAUGGUUUCUGAGUGACGACACCUACACAAAAUCGAAAUGCCCCAGUGCAAUGCGGAAGAACCCAGAGAAGGUUCCAGAAGGAUUAAAGUUGAUUCCUGACAUCCCCGUACUGAUGUGGAACGAACACAUCAACCCUGAGGAGUACGCCAGGCUAUCACAGUUCAAAAUGAACUACGGCUGGAAAGACUUACCUUACGCAGAUAUCAAGAACUGUCUCCGUCACUUGAACACGUCUGCCCACCGCUACAUGUUCCCCGGCUGGACGCCUGACCAUGCCGGCUGUAUCCGGUGUGCUGUUGUCGGGAACGGGGGGAUCCUGAGGGGGUCUGGCAAGGGGAAGGAGAUAGACGGACACGACUUUGUCUGGAGAGUGAACGCCGCCAUGACAGAGGGAUUCGAAGAGGAUGUCGGGACGAGAACGUCGUUUUACUUUCAUGACAUCAACACCAUGAAGAACUCGCAGGCAUCAGCGCGGAAAUUUGGCUACAAACACCCGCCACAGGACAAGGACACGAUAUAUACCACCAUUUCCUCGGGUAUAAGAGACUACGUGUACUUUGACGCCGCCAUGAGUUGGAAGCCAGUGGAGUCAGGACGAGACAAAAGCAAGGCGCCCCCGUCUCAGUACGGUGAAAAACCUGCGAAUACGAAGUUCCGGAUGCUCCACCCUGACUUCAUGAGAUAUCUCAAGUACCAUUGGUUGGACUCUCCACGGAGACGAGGAAGCAACAUCUACCGUCCCACUACCGGCGGCUCCAUGCUACUGACCGCCCUGCAUGUCUGUGACGUUACGGACGUCUAUGGCUUCAUCACCGCCGACCACACAAAGUACAACGAUCACUACUACGAGACAGACUGGCACAAAGUCGUGUUUUACGCCAAUCAUGAUUUCCAGAUGGAAAUAGAAAUAUGGGAUAAACUAGACAAAGCAGGAAUCAUGAACUUGUACAGGGGGAACAUAACUCCAGCAGCUAGAAAACGUAAAAAGUGAAAAUAAAGUCUUGGAGUCAGAUGGAGCUAGAAUAGGAAGGAUUUCAUGCAAGGGAACAUAGCAAUAUGUAUUUUACACAAACGGAAAUAGUAAAAGGUCCUGCAUAGCAGAACUUGUAUUAUUUAAACGGCACGCGUUACUUGAAAUUAACUGGCUAUUUCUAUCCACAGAACCUUUUAAUGUAGUACGACGGAGCUGAGAUGUUGAGACAAUAUUUACGCAUCUUUUUAUAUAAGAGUCCUAUCUUUCAAGGCGACUAUGUAUAUUUGGCAUUGUACAGCACACAGGUUGUAUAUUUGUAUGAGAAUGAUUGUACACUAGUACACGAUUUGUAUAUUUGUAUGAGAAUACUAGUGGUGGGAGAACAGUGAUGUAAAUGUAGAUUUUGUCGCGAAGAUGUUGCCAUGUUAUAAAAUAUCAUGAACAACAUAUUUCAUGUUGGCUUUCCAUCUUAUGUAUGUUAUUUUCUAUCCAUUUUUUAUUCAGAUACGUCUCCGAGGAUUGUAUUUAGUGAGGAUUGUAUUUAGUGAUCUUAUUGCCACUGUGCGGCAUUGUAAGUUGCUUAUGAUCAUGUAUUAAAUUGUAUGACAUCAAUAAAGAAAACAUUCCAGUCUUA